CCUUAACGACAAAGAUCUUCAUCGUUGAGGGGAACUCCCGGACUGGGAUUUGCCACGUUUCCAAAUAUACGUGUACAGAUAUCGGAUGGAGUCAACUUUAUGGCCGACCUUGAACUUACAGCUUUGUAUGCAUUGCGAGAUAUACGCGGAGCACUUGCGUAUGAAAUCCUUUCACUCCCAUGCCCAACUUCCAUGAAAAACCAACGUCGCAUGAACAACCGUUUCAUGGAAUGUCAAUUUUCACGUAAUCGAGUUUCCGACUGAUUUUAUAUCCAAAACUCGUUUCCAUAACACUCCAAGCAGCUUGUUUCAAACUCGUUUAUUACGAACAAUUGUGAAAAAACUAGCGUUGCAACAUUUUUUUUACGGUUUCCUACAAUUCAUUUUCGACAGAUUAUUUUUCGUCGCCAGACAUUUUUUCAAUAUUUUCGGACGUUCUGACACAUCCGGACGGUCGUGAUUCUUCGACUUACGAACAGAGUCUGGACGCAGAAAAAAUUUAAUCACUCGUCUCGUCCCAAGUGGUCGAACAUUAUUUUCCGUUUGUAGAAAUUGGGUGUACAAUUUUGUAGACUAUUGAGCCUUGACACCGGUCUACGGAAACGAGACCUUGAUUAAUAUUUAUGAAUCUUGGUGGUUUCAAACUAAUUUUUACUUCGCGCUUCGUCUUUGCUCGAAGGGUUUGAAAUAUGUAUUUUAUCACAAUUUGUCGUUAAAACGAAAAUCACAUUUUUUCUCACGGGCCAGCGUGUGUUUAACCUGCUGUCUCUGUUAUGUUUUCGUUUGGACAUCUUUUUCCUUCGCUUCGUAUCUCCCCAUGCAAAUAUUAUGUGACUUUCCCAUUGCUUUCGAAAGUUCAUUCUUCACUUCGUUUACGAAAACUAUUCCGAAUUUUGUCCAAAGUCCCACGACUUGAAAAAAAUCGUCAAGCUUGUUAAUGCGUAAAAUUAUAAUUGCUUGAGGCCAUUAGAAAAAUUAAGCGACGGAAGUCAUGCGUUGGUUCAUUGUAAAGUGAAAAAUAAUCAUAAAAUUACUGAAAAUUCAAGUGACAAUCGAACGAACGAAUGACCUCCGCGUUGAUGAAUUCGUGGUCGAAAAAAAUGAGCAACGCGCACGCGUAUUUUUUUUUUAUUCAGUGGCUUCUGAAAACGAAUCUCCGGUUUUCUUCGAGACCUUGAAGAAAAUAUCCCGCGAGAAUAUAGUACAUAGCAUGUAACCGCAAAGAGGCUCGAUAUCUCAGAGGACUUGUAUGACUAAAAUACUUAAAACGAGCCUGAAAAAAUCAGGUACACAAAUAAUGCGUAACUGGCGUAUGCAACAACGAAUUCUCUUAACAAAAUCUUCAAUUAUAAUUUAUUAUUUCUGAUUCAUACUAAUGUGGAUCAAUAGUGAUAAUGGUUGGAGAAAUAUUUAGUAUUUUUAUUUCCAAUUCGUGACAAUAUCGAUGACGUUCGAUUUUCGAUUGUGUUUCGCGUAUUUGAGGUUAUUAGUAACGACACCUCCGACGUAAGACAGAGAUUUGUAUAUUAAACGUUUUUUUUAAAAAUAGCAUCGCGACAGAUGAAUGAAAUUUUUACGAAAGGUCCAGGGGAAAGGUCGUUCGCUUUUCAUGAAUCUCGCUGUACGCGUUAAAACUUCGCGUGGCGGUAUAAAUUGAAAAAUAGUUGAGGUUAGAAUUCGACGGAAAGAAAAUCGAAGGAGGAUAUAAUGUGACACGAGUCGGUUGAGACGACGACUGUGGCAGAUCUCAAAGAACAAGAAUUACGUUAACACGAGGAAUUUGUGAGCAGAAAGAAACGACUUUUGGACGAUAUGCCGUUAAAGUGGCCGAAAAAGAGGCGGGAAUCUGAGCUCGAAGCCAUGAAGGAGCGACGAAUUUCAUUGAAGAAGGAACAAGUUCAUCGCGAGGUUAAUUAUGGUAACCUGAACGAGGAUCGAAAUCGACGCGUGUGGAGAGAUACAAUGAUGAAAGUUAAGCUACCAAUGUGGCGAGAGGAUGUUGAGGUCGCGUGGCACACUUUUGAUCGAUCUAUCGACUCCAAAGAGCACGGGGCAAACCUGAUGGUGGACGCUGUGGAAACAGCGAGACAGCUAUACGAGAGAAAUUUUUCGUCUCACGCCGAGGCCAUUGAUCGUUUCAUUCAAACCUACGGAUCGAGACUCGGCGAGCUUGAGGAUCGCUACAAAAAAGAUCUCGAGUAUCUUGUUACAAACUAUAUGAAGGAUCGACAGCGGCUUGAGGAACGUCAAAACGAGGAUGAGGUUUCAUUACGAUCAGUUAUAUUUAGCACUGAUCAGCAUUUAAAGGAAACUUUUAGUGACAUCAAGAAUAAAACAAUUGCCAAAAUCGAUGUGGUGAGAGAAAAAAAUGACAAUUCGAGGCGGAUGGCCGUCGCGAUGCUGGAGAGCGAGUUGUCGAGUCGUUGGAGCGAUUUAAGAGGAAUUUUAAACGAUUACGAAAACUCGACGAAACAACGUAGACGGACUUACGAGCAGAUGAAAAUUAAAGACGACCGAGAACGUGCCAUUAUAGAACGCCAGGUAUCAACCACCUCCGGUUUAUUGGAUUCUAUUCGCAAACUCAAGGACAAAAUUUGCAAUUUUUCAAUGACCGCUGAGAAAAGAACAUCCGAAAUUUCGGCGGAACUAACAUUUUUCCAAGACGCUUAUCGCACCGCUAAACAACGAUUUUCAUCUGAGGAAAAGAAAGACAAAGCUCGUCUAGUUUUUCUUACCAAAGAAUACAACAAAACGGCCAUGCGUUUGAAAAAACUGGUUGAGAAGGGUGAAAAAAUAUUGCGUGUCGUAUACGAUUGCAGCAAAUAUGAAACGGAGGACGAAAAAAUAUUGUUACCUUUUUACGACGACAGCCAUUUGCCGGAAACUCAAGACAACGAGAACUUGAACAGAGAUCUCGAUGCCUUGGAAAUAACGUUUUGGAGACGGGUCGGGUCAGCGAGGCUCAUCACAACGGAACUUCAACUCGAGAGAUCGAGACUCUUCGAGGAAUCUUUAUUCUUACAAGAAUCCUUGCGCGAAUGUAUGCCGCAAUGUGAUGUUAUUUAUUGAAUUCGACAAUGGACGCUGCAAAACGGAAGAUCGUGAAAUGUACGGAAUUUAACAAGUGUUUAUUUAUCGAAAAAUUUCACAGUAGCCGUACAUAAUUUAAUUAUUAUAGCGCAAAUUAUUCACACCUCUGUAUUAUGCUUAGUUUAAAGUUAUCAGAAUUCUUGCCUCUUCUAUGAAAAUCUCGAGUCGAAAUAUUUUGUCGUAACAAUUCGAUGUCAAGAAAUAUUGUAGUCGAGAAAUCAAUAAAAAAAAGUCUAUUUUAUUUCGUUCGUAAA